GGCAAACCUGUCCGGUGCCGUGUAGUUCCAUAACGCGAAACGUUAGUUGAGCUUCCAAGUCGAAAUUAGUGUCUCGGUUGUUGGUUUUAUGCUGUGAGUCAGUUUAAUUGUUUUCGUUAUUCAAUAUAUACAUUCUUCCAUGUGAGAUACAAAUACAGUAUAUAGUUAUUAUAUACACAAAGCAACUCACACAAAGUUCAUAAUAUAAAUGCUCCAAUAAUGUGUUGUUUUGCAAUUAGUUACUAAUUAUUAUUUAUAAUAAUAAAAAAGAAGGCGUUAAUUGUUUUGCGCAAGCGUAUCCGUAAACUUUACCGUUUAUAUGAGUAUCUUGCAGAUAUAAAUACGUACGCAUCUUUAAAUCAACAACUACCAACAAAUUAAAGAUACAAUAGUGAACAAUUAAUGUGCGUAUUGGUGCAGCAUUUCACAUCAUUUUACAAUUAAAGUUUCAAUGAAUUUACAUUCCUUUACGGAUGUGGAAUUAGGCAUAACAAAUCCAAGCUACGAUGAUAUAGAUCAUCCAAAUCUCUAUUCACAAUUCGAUGCUGAUGCAAUGGCGGCAAAUGGGAAUAGAACUGUUGUAGUAACUGAAACUGAUAGCAUUGAUGAUGAGUGUAGCAAUGAGGAUAAUAAUAGCACUGAAAUGAGGGAAACACAUUGUCUGCCCGAAUUUCAGUUUUCCAUCAUUGAAUCAGAAUAUGAUGAAACGCUGGCGUUUCCAGAUUCUGUUACAAUUUUAUCAAACGUUGGAGACAAGCCGGUACUUGUCGAACGUAAAGACACCGAUGAUGAUGAAGACGACGUAGAUCCUACAGGUUUACCUACUGAAAUAAAUUUUACAUCCAUCUAUGGGCCAAGUGUUAAAUUUAAUUCCUUUCAACGCAAAGUCUUCAUACCAGGUAUGGAGAUACAAGUAAGAAUUAUAGAUACGGAAAGAAGUAUAACAACACAUUUACUUAAUCCAAAUUUAUAUACUAUAGAAUUAAGCCAUGGCCCAUAUAAAUGGACUAUUAAAAGACGCUAUAAACAUUUUAAUUCAUUACAUCAGCAGCUAAGUUUCUUUCGUACAUCACUAAAUAUACCAUUUCCCAUGCGUAGUCAUAAGGAAAAACGCGCUACUCUAAAAAGUGCCGCUCUACAAAUGGCCGAUGAGGCUCGACUAAAGGAAUUACAAGCAAAUACCAGUAAUAGUCUCAAUAGUCAAAAAAAUAAAUCCCAAAAUAAUACCAUAGUGCAAUAUAAUGAAAGUAUGGCCAAUGCGAGUAAUAGUACUAAGAAAAAGAAGAAGAAACGUAAAUUACCACGAUUUCCAAAUCGUCCCGAAUCUUUAGUUACCGUGGAGUCGAUACCAACUCGCAUUAAACAACUUGAAGACUAUCUAUACAAUUUAUUAAACAUAAGCUUGUAUCGCAGUCACCAUGAAACGUUAAAUUUUGUGGAGGUCUCGAAUGUCUCUUUUGUAGCUGGACUGGGUAUGAAAGGUAAAGAAGGUGCAAUACUCAAACGUACGGGUUCGACACGGCCUGGACAAGCAGGUUGUAAUUUUUUUGGUUGUUUCCAGCAGAAAUGUUGUGUACGUUGUAAUUAUUUUUGUUCCGAUGUCUUAUAUGGGCAAUGGCGUAAUCGUUGGUUCUUCGUGAAAGAAACUUGUUUCGGCUAUAUUCGUCCUACCGAUGGUGUUAUAAGAGCUGUAAUACUCUUCGAUCAAGGUUUUGAUGUUUCAACGGGUAUUUAUCAGACAGGUAUGCGCAAAGGCUUACAAGUAUUAACCAAUAACAGACAUGUGAUAUUAAAAUGUUGGACGAAACGAAAAUGUAAAGAAUGGAUGCAGUUUCUAAAACAAGUGGCGAAUAGUAGUGCACGCGACUUUACUUACCCCAAUCCACAUAUGUCAUUUGCACCAAUACGUUCGUGUACCUUAACCAGUUGGUAUGUUGAUGGGUCAACAUAUAUGGCUGCUGUAGCUGAUGCAUUAGAAGCUGCCACAGAAGAAAUUUACAUUGCCGAUUGGUGGUUAAGUCCAGAAAUUUAUAUGAAGAGACCUGCGAUAGACGGUGAUUAUUGGCGCUUGGAUAAAAUAUUGACCCGUAAAGCAACUGAAGGCAUAAAAAUAUUUGUAUUACUCUACAAAGAAGUUGAAAUGGCUUUGGGUAUUAAUAGUUAUUAUAGUAAGCAACGACUUGUGGGUUUACAUGAGAAUAUCAGGGUUGUGCGACAUCCAGAUCAUGCCCGCGCUGGUAUAUUCUUUUGGGCACAUCAUGAAAAAAUUGUGGUGGUGGACCAAACUUAUGCAUUUUUAGGUGGCAUUGAUUUAUGCUAUGGGCGUUGGGAUGAUUACCGACAUCGUCUUACCGAUCUUGGUAGCAUUUCGACCGCUUCUGCAACUGGCAGUACGAGAAAACAGACUGGAUUUUUCAAUGGCAAAGACGAUGCAGAUUCUGCCUUUGGUUCACGCAAAUCUUCUCGCAAUGUUAAUAUUGAUUUACAAAAACGAGAACAAAAUAAUAGUCGAAAUUCUUAUAAAUUUGAAAGUGUAGAGUUACGUAAACUAGAACCAGGUGAAAAGUUAAUGAUACCCGAGCUACGGUCACCAACUACCGAAGAACCUGUUGCAUUGGAGGGUAUGAAAUUGAAUACACCUGAAAUGGAACGUAAAAAUAUGCUUGGCAAACUUAAGGAGAAUGCUAUGAAGAAGGGUAAAGAUUUAGUUAAUCGUUUAACCAUGACAGAAAAUGAACGUGCCGGAGAGAAAUCACCAGAUAUACUUAAAGAUCCUAAGCAAAUGGUGUUCACUAUAGAUGAACUGGAGAAAGGAAGACAAGGUGGCUUAGAAGAUCCUACGCCGUUACAAACACAAAUUUUAAAUAAUUUUUAUGGACAAGCUAAAUAUUGGUUUGGCAAAGAUUAUUCCAAUUUUAUAAUGAAAGACUGGAUGAAUUUAGAUGCACCUUUGGUAGAUAUGAUAGAUCGUACUACUACACCACGUAUGCCUUGGCAUGAUGUGGGUAUAUGUGUGGUGGGCGCUUCGGCACGUGAUGUCGCUCGUCAUUUUAUACAACGUUGGAAUGCAAUGAAAUUGGAGAAGAUGCGUGAUAAUGCUAGUUUUCCAUAUUUAAUGCCAAAGAGUUAUCAAGAAAUAAAGCUCAAUCCAAAUAUAGUACAAAAGCGACAAAAUCGUACUACUUGUCAAUUGCUACGUAGUGUCUCAUCAUGGAGUUGCGGUUUUAUAGAACAGGACCUUGUUGAGCAAAGCAUACAUGAUGCUUACAUACAAACUAUAACAAAGGCACAACACUAUAUAUAUAUAGAAAAUCAGUUCUUUAUAACUAUGCAGUUGGGUUUGUCAGGUGCUUAUGGAAACGUCAGAAACCAAAUUGGUGAAACACUCUUCAAACGUAUCGUCAGAGCACAUAAGGAACGUAAAAUCUUUCGAGUAUAUGUUGUUAUGCCUUUAUUGCCAGGUUUUGAAGGUGAUGUUGGGGGUAGUACUGGAAAUGCAGUCCGCGCCAUUACGCACUGGAAUUAUGCCUCUAUAUCGAGAGGUAGGUCGGGUAUUUUAACACGUCUAAAAGAAGUUGGUAUAUCUGAUCCUGGUGAAUAUAUAUCAUUCCAUAGUUUACGCACACAUUCCUAUCUUAAUAAUAAUCCCAUAACUGAACUGAUUUAUGUGCAUUCUAAGCUACUGAUUGCCGAUGAUCGUGUGGUUAUCUGUGGUUCAGCAAAUAUUAAUGAUCGUUCGAUGAUCGGUAAACGUGAUUCUGAAAUUGCAGCUAUAAUAACUGACGAAGAGUUUGAGGAUGGGCGUAUGAAUGGUAAAAAGUACCCAAGUGGUGUCUUUGCAGGACGUUUAAGAAAAUUCUUAUUCAAAGAACACUUAGGUUUACUUGAUCCAGAUGCUGAUCGCAUAUCAAUUGAUGUGACUGAUCCAGUUAUUGAUCAAUUUUGGAAUGGCAUGUGGCGGCGCACAUCAACACGUAACACAGAAAUCUAUGAUGAAGUGUUUAAAUGUAUACCAAACGAUAAUGUUAAGUCUUUUGCCAAUUUACGUAAAUAUCAAGAAGAGGUUCCUUUAUGCAAAUCCGAUCCAGAUGUUGCAGCUAAACGUGUCACAAAUAUUCAGGGAUUUUUAGUCAAUUUACCUUUAGAGUUUCUUAAUAAGGAAGUUCUUACACCUCCUGGUACAAGUAAAGAAGGUCUAAUACCAACAUCUGUUUGGACGUAGCGCUAAUUAAUAUUAUGGAUGUGUUAUUAUUGUAUAAAAGUGUUUUUUUAAAUUUUUGUUAAAUGUUGCCUAAUAUUUGUAUACUGUUUUGUUUUU